ACCCCGUUGCAGCAUGCUGCUGAUUGGCAGGUUGCUGAGCAAGACGUCUCCGUCUCUACUCACUCUAAACCGCCCUUUCCUGACUCCAGCGAGUUUCUUGAGUUACGGAGCCAUGGCCGACGUGAAACUGCGUCUCGUCCAGUUCGAGACGGCGAGCUCUCCCCAGCGGGUCGGAGUUCAGCUGGGAGACGGGGGCAGCGUGGUGGACGUGUGCGCAGCGGAGCCAAGCCUUCCCAGGGACAUGCGCUCCUUCCUGCAAGGCUGGGACACCAACCUCCCUCUCGCAGCCAAGUAGCUACUGCUACAGCCUUUCACUCUCGUAUGAUUUCUGUUCAGAGUUGCAGAGGCGGUAUCGUCAUCGUCAGACCAUAUCUUCGCGGCUGCCAGCUGCACCCUCAAGGCACCCAUCUACGACCCCCAGAAGCUGUUGUGUGUUGGGAUGAACUACGUGGACCACUGCAAGGAGCAGAACUACCCUGUCCCACAGGAGCCCAUCAUCUUCAGCAAGUUUGCCUCAGCCAUCACUGAGCCCAAUGGAGCUGUCAUCCACCCCAAAGAGACUGAUAGUCUUGAUUAUGAGGUUGAACUCGCCUUUGUCAUUUCAAGAAGAGGCAAACACAUCAAGGAGAGUGAGGCGAUGUCUCACGUGGCAGGAUACACUGUGGCUCACGAUGUCAGUGCCAGAGACUGGCAGAUGAAGAAGAACGGGAAACAGUGGCUGCUGGGCAAGACUUUCGACACGUUCUGUCCCCUCGGCCCAGCAAUUGUUACCCCUAGCUCUCUCUCAGACCCACACAAGCUGGGCAUCCGCUGUCGUCUGAAUGGAGAGCUGGUACAGAACUCCAAUACAGAGCAACUGGUACACAAGACUGGGGCUCUGGUGGCCUUCAUUUCCAGGUUUAUGACUCUGGAGCCAGGGGAUGUGGUACUGACGGGCACUCCACCUGGUGUGGGCUGCUUCAGAGACCCUCCAAUUUGGCUCAAGAAAGGGGAUGUUGUAGAGUGCGAAAUCGACGAGAUUGGGAAAAUCACAAACACAAUAAUUCAGUGAAUUUAUUUUUCUGUGUGACAUUUGAAACCUCACAGCCAUAAAAACAACGAGAAAAAUGGGAUGCGCUCAGUCCACAAACAGUUCGCCAUCCUCUGCUGUGGGGCCAAAGGCAGUUUCACCACCUUUUCCAACCUGACAAAGACUAGUGUGACUUGUACAGCUGUCGCCAAGUGAUGAUGGAGAGUUUAUAGCCUCAACAUUACCAUACAUCACUGCAUCAUAGGCUGUCCUCACCUGAAUGGCAGACCUGGAGUAGGGCAUCCUUCCCACCGCCGUACCCAGCCCAGGACAGAGA